UUGUCUUGCACAUAUUCUAUUUAAGGUUGAUAAUGGUGUUCAUGAAGUCAUGUAGUACAUGUCUGAGCAUAAUCAUGCAUUUCUCCCAGAAAAUCAAAGGCACCUGAUAAGAUGUGGAAUGAUGAUAUUAGAUCCAAGUAAAGGAGUCUUGGAUGACAUGGCAAAAGCCAGCAUUGUAAAUUUCAGUCAUAUAACUUUUGGAAAAUGAAGAUGGAGGAUGUAGAAAUGCAGGGUUUAGUUUGCAUGGUAGCCAUAAUUUCUUGCCAAGUCAAAGUUUAAGUAUUGCGAGGGGGCAAGAUUGGCAAACUCUCUUGAAUCAUUUCAUGUACAUGCAGAUGCACAAUCCCAUGUUUUCUUAUGAUGUACAAGUAGAUCAAGAUGGCAGGUUGACAAACUUAUUUGGAGAAAUAGUUUGUCUUAAUUUGAUUAUGAUUGUUUCGGUGACAAUGUGAUGUUUGAUACCACAUAUCAUGUUAGUAAAUAUAACAUGAUAUGUGCAUCUUUUGUUGGGGUUAAUCAUCAUCUGAAGAAUACCUUGUUUGGGUGUGCUCUCUUAUUAGAUGAGACGGUAAAUUCAUCUAUAUGGCUAUUUGAUACGUUUUUGGAGGCAAUGGGAAAUGGGGCACCCAAAACGAUUUUCAUUGACCAAGACGAAGCUAUGGAAAAAGCUGUUGAAAAGGUGUUUCUGAAUGCACAACAUUGUGUAUGCACAUCACACACUGCAAAGCAUGCUGCUAAAAACAUCCCCAAUCUUUAUGACAAGCCUGAGUUUGGGGACAUUUUCUCAAAACUACUAUUUGGCUGUGAAACAGAGUUCGUAUUUGAAUCCACUUGGAAGGAAAUGGGCACUAAGGAAAACUCUUGGCUUAACAGACUAUAUGAAUCGAGAAAUAAAUGGAGUGUGGCCUUUGGUGGAGGUAUAUUUUCAUGUAGUAUCAGAUUAACUAAAAAGAGCGAGGGCUCAAGAAAUAUCUUCUGGCUGAUGCCUGCUAAUAGCAUGAACCUCAUUGGAUUUGUCCACCACUAUGAACAACAGAUGUCUGAAUAUUGCAACACGGCAUAUGCAGGUGUACUGAGUCAGGUGCUAUAUGCACAGGAUCAUCAUAUUCUUAUCAAUAUCUUGGCAGAAAUGUAGCCAAUGAAUCUGAAGGAACUAACAUGCAAGGUUUACAAGGUUGAUCAAUCCAUCGCUAGAGGCAGAGUAAAUAUGGUUUUGUGGGUAUAGAAUGUCUAACUUGGAUACAUGUAUAGUAUAUCUCAGGACAAGUAAGCAAUUUGUGCAUGGAAUGUUGAUUAUAUAUAUCAGUAUUAUGUAAGCUGGUUUAUCUUCACAUGCGGAGUAUAUUACUGUAGACCCUCUGUUACAGUCA